AAUAACAGAUAAAAUGUUUUCUGGUAGAUAAAAAGAUUUACGUAUUUAUUUUCAUUAUCUUUUUUUUUUUUUGCAAAAACUAUAUUUUUGCAAAAUGGCUGAGGCUGACACACCCAUCUCUUCGGAAUUGAAAAAAAAGCAAAGCGUGCAGAAAAUACUCAAAUGGUAUAGGAAAAAAAUUGAAAUUUGUCCAAGUGCGGAUGAAUCAGUUGAAAGAGACCCAAGUUAUAACUCUAUAUUAGUUGAAGAGCUUCUCAAUGAACCGGCAUCGGAAAUGAGUAAAAAGGAAAAGUUCGAAGAAAUUUUAUUUGAUCUCUAUAGUAGUAAAUGCGGUGUCACAGAACCACGCCCUUCAGAACCAAUGGGGUUUGCUAAAGAUUUUCGUCUUUUGAAUAGAAGAAGAAAAAGCAAAGUACCAGAGUAUUUCCGAAGAAAUAGGUUGUCGUCUUUCUUUGGAAAAUUUCUUGUUCAUCCUAAAGAGUAUCUAAAACUACAGAAAAGCAAAUCUGUAGCAGUAGAAAAAGAGGUAAGUGAAUCGGACGAACUUGAAUCAUUCGUAUGCGAGCGAAUUUUUGAUGAUGGAAGAGACGUAAGCCUUCAACCUAGUUACUCAAAAUUUGCUGUACCGUACAAUAUCAUUUGUCUUGAUCGCGUGCGAGAAAUGAAACGUAAGUUUGAACAACAAUUUCAAUACGAAAUUCGUCAGCUUUUGCAUUACACACAAAAAGCUCACGAGGUUGCAAUGUUACAAAGUCAUGUUGCGUGUACAACUUUAUGGCCACCAUUGCAUAAUAGAAAGGAAAUUGAAAGAACUUCUUGCAUGUUUAAGCUCUCCAACAAGGAACGUAAACGUUUGGAAUAUAUUAUGUGUAAUGAGAUAACAUAGAUUAUCGUUGCAUAGUUGGAAGAUAAUGUAGUUGUAUUAUUGCAUGAUAAUAACAAAAUUUUGUAAUAUAUAUUAUGUAAAUCCUGCAAUAAUAAAAUAUUUGUAUACACAUAA